AUGCGAAGAAAUGACAUAAAAGACGAAGCCCCUGAAACAUGUUCGUGGCUACUGAAGAAUAAGAAUUACAUGACUUGGAUUGCUCAGGGCCAAGGAUUACUCUGGAUAAAGGGAAAGCCUGGAGCUGGGAAAUCAACGCUGCUCAAGUAUGCACUUCGGCAAGCAGAGAACCAGGCGUCUUCAAACAAGCCUUUGGUAGCUUCGUUCUUCUUCCACGGACGCGGCGCUGCUAUCCAGAAAACCCCUCUUGGCCUAUUUCGCUCGCUUCUACACCAGAUCUUGGACCAGAUUCCCGAUUCACUGCCCGGUUUGAUUUCAACCUUAAAGAAGAGGCGUGAAACACAAGGGGAGCCAGGGAAAAAGUGGAAUUGGCAUGCAGCGGAACUACGAACCUUUCUGAAAGAUGCCAUCCUACGAGUCUCCAGGACACAUUCAAUACGAAUUUACGUCGAUGCACUUGAUGAGUGUGGCGAAGAAGCCGCUAGGGACUUGGUAGUGUUCUUCAAAAGCCUGAUUUCACAACUUGCUCCUACUGGAGCUGCUCUAAGUAUAUGCUUCUCCUGUCGACAUUACCCUAUCGCAAACUUGGAUCAUGGUCUUACUAUCUGCGUCGAAGAGGAAAACGGUCCAGAUAUAACUACUUAUGUGCAGCUUCAACUCAAGCACGGAUUUCAGGAUAAGUUCAAAGCUCGGGAGGUUGAGAAGAUGAUUGUAGGCAGGGCCUCGGGUGUUUUCCAGUGGGCUGUUCUUGUUGUCACCACAGCUCUCAGGCUAUACGAGCAGGGGAAAAAUAUCAAGACCAUUCAGAAGAAGCUGCAAGAAAUACCAGCGGAACUGGAAAUUCUCUAUCGAGAGAUUCUUGGGAAGAUAAAAGAGGAAAAUCGAUCGCAGUCAUUGCAGCUAAUACAAUGGAUAUGCUUCUCUCAGAGACCUUUGUCACUGAUGGAACUGCGCUAUGCUAUGGUUAUUGAUACGGAUUGCAGCUCAGUCCAGGAUUGUCGAGCUUCGAAGGACUAUGCGACAACUGAUGUGGAAAUGGAGAAAGCAGUAAAGAGCCUUUCUGGGGGCCUUGCUGAGGUCAAGAAAUAUCGAGGUAGACGGAUAGCACAGUUCAUUCACCAGUCGGUCAACAGCUACCUACUUCAGAGUGGGCUACAAGAGCUUGGCAGCCCUUCAUCCAGUAGCGUCAUCGGCCAUGCUCAUCUUCGAUUGUCAAGGGCUUGUAUCAAAUACAUUGCCAUGGAAGAAGUGCUCUCCUGUGACAUAGAGGAUCGGAGGGAACUUCAACGCGACUUUCCCUUCUUGCCAUAUGCUGUAACCAAUUGGGUCUGGCACACAAAGAUAGCAGAGGCCGAGAAAAUAUCUGAACUAGACGCUGCAGACUUAGUACGCUUGCUACAAGGGCGGUCAGAUCAGAUCCUACUCAACUGGGCGAAGCUAUAUCAGAUGAUAAAUCAAUGCGGACCAUUCCCUACCAGGAGUCCCGUCAUAGGCACGAAUCCCCUAGAUAUCGCAUCAGGGUACCUUCUUCCGAGAGUUCUACUAGCAGCUCUUAAUUCACAGAAUUAUGUUGGCGUAGACUCGGAGGAUAAGAACAGUCAGACGCUGUUAUGUUUGGCCGGAGAGAACGGGCACGCCGGGGGAGGCCAUGGUACGGCUACUUUUUGA